CGCGCACACACGCACGCCUCAGCGCUGCCGUCACACCUGUCGCUGCCGCUCAAGCCCCUCAUGCAAAUGCGAGCUGAGAAAGAGGAAGAGAAAGGAGAAGUGGCUCAGCGCUCAUCGGCGCGCACACACACGUGGAGCCUAGAGGCUACUAAGUAGUAGAGCCAGAGAGAGAGAGAGAGGGGCGCGCGCGCGCGCGCACACACGUCGUCUGCAGCGCAGCGGUGUCCUGCUCCGCGGGGGGUCUCUCCAGACCCCCCGCGACACCGUGAGGUGCCAGUCGCGGCCCUGCCUCUGUGGGUCCGAGCUGCAGCGCACAAACGCUCUCUCGCUCCAGAUGAUCUGCGGCGAGCCCUGAGGUCAAGCCUGUCGCCCCUGCUCUCGCACCUGCAGCGCGACGCGUUCCCGGCGCCGCCGUCAUGGCUGACUGGACCCUGGAGCUCGGCGCUCUGGGAGACGGCGUCCUCGGCCGACUGGCCGACAUGCUGGACAACCCGAAGCGCGGGUGGAGGCAGCUGGCCGCCGCGGUCACCGAGCGGCCGAGGUUCCGCUGCAGCGAGAAGGAGCUGCUCAGCUGCUCCCUGCAAGUGCUCAGCGCCACCGGCAGCCCCAGCCGCUUCCUGCUGGCCAUGCUGGCUGACCGCUCCUGCCCCCUGAGCUUCCUGCUGCACUGCCUCAAGAAGAUGGAGCACCACGCAGCCGUGCAGUACCUUACCGCCGCAGUGGCGGAACGGAUCCGGAUCACGGCGCAGCCGCAGUCCCGGUGUGAGCCUGCGGGGGGCAGGCUGCUGCUGAGCUGCCAGGCAGACGGCCCCUCCGGCCUGGGCUACCAGUGGUUCAAGGGCAAAGAGGAGGUCGGGAGGCCCCUUCCACGUUUGUUCUUGAUCCGAUUUGAACGAAACGUGCUCAACGGCUGUGAUCCCGACCUGGUCCUGCACCCUCUUGCUCCGCAUCAUCAGGGCCACUACAUCUGCCGCGUGAGCCACGGGGAGAACUUUGUCUACUCCCAGUGGGCCAAGGUGCAGGUGGCCGGAGCCGAGAGCCCACACCGGGGUGGCGGCGGCGGCGGCGGUGACGGCGACGGCUUCCUUCCUUCCUACAAGAGUGGCCUGCGGAUCGCCCGUCAGCCCCGGUCCCUGUCGGUGGCCGAGGGAAGCUCCCUGCGUCUCGAGUGCGUGGCCGAGGGAAACCCGCCUCCGCAGUACCAGUGGUACCGCAACAAGGAACCUCUGGUCCUGGGCAACCGGCCAACCCUCGAGAUUGCCUGUGCCACCACGUCCACCAGGGGGCAGUACAGCUGCAGGGUGUACAACCUGUACCACGAGAUGUGGAGCGAGCAGGUCCACGUUGAGAUCGGUCCGGGCUCCUUCCUGGGCGCUUCGCUGGACGAAGGUGAUGAGAGUUCUUCAGCUCCAGGCCACGAGCCGGAUUCUGGCUCGUUCCCCACCAGGCAGCUCAGUCAGUUCUACGCGACGGACAAGGUGGCCCUCCUCAUGGGCAACAUGAACUACCAGCAGCACCGGCAGCUACAGGCUCCCAUGGCGGACGUCCACCAGCUGACCAACCUGCUGCGGCAGCUCGACUUCAAGGUCGUGUCCCUGCUGGACCUCACCAGGCAGGAGAUGCACAGCGCGGUGACCGAGUUCCUGCUGCUGCUGGACCGAGGCGUCUACGGCCUGCUGUACUUCGCGGGACACGGCUACGAAAACUACGGCAACAGCUUCAUGGUGCCGAUCGACGCGCCGGCCUCCUACACGUCGGAGCACUGCCUGUGGGUGCAGGACGUGCUGCGGCGCAUGCAGGGACGCCAGACCGGCCUCAACGUCUUCCUGCUGGACAUGUGUCGCAAGCGAAACCUGAACGAUGACAUCAUUCCGCAGCCCGGACCCCUGAAGGUGACGGCCAACAUCGUGUUUGGCUACGCAACCUGUGUGGACGCCGAGGCCUACGAGGUGAAUAAGGACGACUUGUCCAACGGCAUCUUCGUGAGCUUCCUUAAACAGCGCCUCCUGGAGGAUGAGAAGGUCACUGUUAUGCUGGACAAGGUGGCGGAGGACAUGGGUCGCUGCGACAUCACGCGGGGCCGGCAGGCGCUGGAGCUGCGCAGCAACCUGUCGGAGCGGCGCGCGUUGACCGACCGCAUCGAGAACGGCGACUGCCCCGAGGUCACGUCGGCACGGAACCUGCAAUGGAGCAUCGCGCACGUGCUCCCAGAGAGCCGCUUCCUGCGGUUCGAGUGCGGUGUGACCGUGCAGCUGGGCUUCGCCGCCGAGUUCUCCAACAUCAUGAUCAUCUACACGACCGUGCUGGAGAAGCCCGACACCGUGGCCACGUGCUCCGCCCAGCUCGCAGACUUCUCCGAGGACCUGGGCACCGAGCUGAAACUGACCAAUCGGGAGAGCCCGCAGGAUGCCGGGAGCCUGCUGUUCACCGCCGAGAGUUUGGCCCAGCCGACCUUCCCGAGCCUCUACACCCGGCUGAGCGGCCUGCAGAAACUGAAGAACGACCUGACGUUCGCCGUGUGCCUCCACUACAAGUACUCCCACAUGGAGGAGGAGGAGGAGAUCCGGGAGCUGCAGACGGUGACGGUGGGCAAGCCGCUCGUGGCCAAGCUGGACCUGCACCGGGCGCGGCUGCCGCGCUCCUUCUCGGCGUCGUCCUCCUGCGACCUCCACUGCUUCCGGCUGCCCGAGUCCUGCUCCUUCCCCGAGGGUCUCGAGGGCGACCCGCCGGCCUCCGACACGUCCUCCGUAGGCUCCGCCUCCACCUGCUGGUCCUACUACUCGCAGCCCGGGGAGGCGCCGGGGGCCAACGUGCCGGAGGAGACGCUCAGCGGGGAGUUCCUGGAGGCGGAUGCGACGGGACCGCUUUCCGCGGAGCCCGGGGCCCUGGGGUUCGAGCGCUCGCAGCAGCUCCCCUCGCAGGGCGCCGCCAGCCAGAGCUUCUCCUUCUAGAAACGUCCGACCGAACGUGACGGUUUGGGCCGCGAGCGCGAGCGUCCCCCGGUCGCGUUUUCCGCUUGUUGUUCCGCCGCCGGCGUCGUCCUGCUUCCGGAAGGUUUUCGGGCUGCGCUCGCGCCGUCCUCCGUCCUCACCCGUUGUCCCUUAACCACGUUUUUGACGCUGCGAGCCCCGCGUCCCCGGGAGCUCGUGUUUGCGUCAGCCGCUUCUGCUCUCUUCUCAUUACAUUUAUCAGCACAAGUGGGUUUUAUAGCUUGACGUGACGAAGGCUCAAGACGAAGGCUCAACUAAAAAGGCUCUUUCUAACCCUGCGUGUUUAACCGAAUGAAUAAAGUGUCUUAUGAAAUCCACGUGAUUACUCUGUGUGUGUUGCUCUCAGGUAUGACCUCGCACUCCCCUCCGUGCUCCUCCGCUGUUUGUUCCGGUUCACCUGGCACCUGGGCGCUCUGGUGGGCGGAGCCUUCCUCCGGCACCUGCGUUUCCGGGAGUGACCGGCGGGGGGCGCCGGUCUGCGUCUCCUGCUGCUGUCCUCAGUCCCAGGAAGGUGUCGCUCGUGUCGCUCGUGUCGCUCCCCC